AUGGAUACUGCGGCGGCGGGGACGAGGCACACAUGCAUGAAGCUCGAGAUUUACACCCCUGCGAGCGAACCAGUCUUCGUCAAGGAACGUGGUUCGAGGGUCGCUUCGACCUCUCCAUCACCGACGGCCUCCACUCUUGGGUCUGCCACGCUAGGGAAGAGGAUGCGAGAGAUAGAGCGGCGCAGUGGGUCAGUUAUGAAAUUGGCAUGUUUGAAUCGAAGCAAGUUUGUUAUUCAAUUGUUUGUAAGUUUUCACUUUUGGAUUCUGGGUGUCAUUGAUUAUGGGGAAAUAUGGACGGGUUCUGCAUUCUUUUCCGCCCUGCUGCUAUUAGAAUCCGAAUUCUGA